GAUCCACAGUGUUUUACACAGCUCUGUCAACUGGUGGGCUGUUAUCACCUGACACACACAAAAAAAAAAAACUAACCUGCUGAAGAGUUAUUGCAGAAACUUUUGUCAACCGCGAGGCUGUGAUUUAUAGGGUUCUGCCCUUUUAUAAGGCUUGGCAUGCGGAUUUGUAUACGUUUACAGCGGUAAAUUAUGGUUACAGUUUAUUAAAAAUAAUAGUAAUAAUAAUAAACAUAAUGAUCAUGGGAAGUCGUGACUACCUUUUCAAAGUUCUGGUGAUCGGUGACCGUGAAGUUGGGAAGACGUCGCUGGUCCAGCGAUAUGUCAACGACAAGUUCAAUAAACAUUAUAAAUCUACAGUGGGAGUGGAUUUUGCAGUGAAGGUUAUCCAGCGGUCAGACACAGAGACAGUGAGGCUCCAGCUCUGGGAUAUUGCUGGACAGGAGCGCUUUGCCAGCAUGACCAGGAUCUACUAUAAAGAGGCGUCGGGCUGUUUCAUCAUGUUUGAUGUCAUGAACCCCACGACGCUGAACAACAGCCUGAAAUGGAAGCAGGAUCUGGACAGCAAAGUCAUGCGUGCCGAUGGGAGCCCUGUGCCAUGCUUGCUGCUGGCUAACAAGUGUGAUCUGUCUCCUUGGGCAGUGACUCACGAAAGCAUCGAUCUGUUCAGUAAAAAGAACGGGUUUGCUGGCUGGGUGGAGACUUCGGCCAAAGACAACAAGAACAUCAAUGAAGCAGCGAGUGUCCUGGUUGAGAAGAUGAUGGACCAGCCCAGCGUUGACCAGCAGAGCCAAGGAGGGCACAUCAAACUGGACGCUGUGCCCAGGGGAGAGUACAAGCAGGGCUGCUGUUAAAUCUUCAAGGACCAGAGCCAUUCACCGCUAAAGAAAUGCCUCCCUCCCUGGGGGAACCCCACCUCCACAAACCUUUCUGAGCCGGUCCUGGGCAGCCUGCUUCUACAUUCAACGGAGUCUGUUUACUCAUCUCAAGAGACACUAAAACAAAUCUUUAUCUGCUGCAAGAACCGAGAUCUAAAACAGACCAUGAGUGUCUGACAUGGAUUCAGUCAACACAAAGCAGAGGAACAAUGUUUUGGCUCAGUUACAAUAGGAUGUUAAUAUUCCUUUCAUCUGCUCCCAGGGGUUGAGAAAGACUCCUGUUGUGUAGCAGUUCCCCCCCUUUCCUGGUCUUACUGUGAGCUGGGUUAGCUGCAGUGUACAGGUAACAAGCUCAGAUGUGUCUGAUUAAACUCCGAGUAAAACCAGGAUUGGAUCAAACUGCUCUGCGAUGGGAGUCUGAUUCAUCGCUGCGUUCCUAGCGGGUCGCCUUUCCUCUUUUGAGAUGUGGAGCUCUGCGUGUUCCCCUGGGUAAACCACAGGUGCAUUGCCCCUUCAUAGUUAAUGCAGUCCAGGGGCAGUUUGUGCACAGUGGAUAUUGUGCCCUGAUUGUGUGCGCAGGUGAAGCACUCCCAGUCUGUCCUGUGUAUCACUGUGGUGUAUCACUGUGGUUUAUACACAGUAUCGCUGAUACGAUGACACGGUCUCCCUCUGGUUUGUAAACAUAAAG